AUUGGAGAACACGAAAUUCUUUUUUUUUAGUAUUAAUUAUGAUAGGCUGGUAGAUUGGAGACCACGAAAGAUGAAAUCUUUCCAUUGCUGAGCCUUUAUUUCCCCAGGGUCCAGAACACUGCGCCUGUGUCUUUAUCUGCUUUCCCCACCACUCAAAGAAGCCAGAAAAUGGAAACCUGGUUCAUCGUCCUCAUCUCUUUGUCCCUCUGUCUGCUAUUCAACUCCUUCUUCUCCCUUCUCAAAUCCACCGGAAAAUCCUCUCGCAGCCUUCCUCCAGGACCUCCUACCAUUCCCAUCAUCAGCAGCCUUUUAUUGCUCCUCAAAUCUUUCUCCCAACUCGAGUCUAUUAUUCAAGGCCUACGUGCCAAAUACGGUCCCAUCAUCACCAUCCGUAUCGGCUCUCGUCCUGCCAUCUUCGUCACCACUCACUCCCUCGCCCACCAAGCUCUUGUCCAAAACGGAGCUGUUUUCGCUGACCGCCCUCCUGCCCUAGCUGUCAGCAAAAUAAUUACUAGCAAUCAGCACAAUAUCAGUUCUGCCUCCUAUGGACCAACUUGGCGGCUUCUCCGCCGUAAUCUCACCUCUGAAAUCCUCCACCCUUCGCGUAUCAAGUCCUAUUCCCACGCACGCAAAUGGGUUCUGGAUAUUCUCAUCAACCGCCUCAUGUCUCAGUCAGAAAGUGGUAAGGUUGUCCACUGUGUUAAAGACCAUUUCCAGUAUGCUAUGUUCUGCUUAUUAGUUCUCAUGUGUUUCGGAGACAAGCUUGAGGAAGAGAAGAUCAAACAAGUAGAAGACGGUCAGCGUCGCAUGCUGCUGAGUUUUAAUCGUUUCAGUAUGCUGAAUUUCUGGCCAAGUUUGACGAGGAUAUUGUUUUAUAAACGCUGGGAUGAGUUCUUGCAGAUUCGAAGAGACCAAGAAAAGGUGUUGAUUCCUUUGAUCAGAGCGAGAAAGAACGCCAGGAUUGAGAAUUUAAGCAAAGAUAAAGACGAUAAAUUGGGAAAAGAAGAGUUUAUAGUAUCAUAUGUUGAUACUCUGUUGGAUUUGCAGCUUCCACAUGAGAACAGAAAGCUUGAAGAAGGGGAAAUAGUUUCUUUAUGCUCUGAAUUUCUUGAUGGAGGUACAGAUACUACAUCCACAGCCCUGCAAUGGAUCUUUGCAAAUUUAGUUAAGUACCCACAUAUUCAAGAGAAGCUUUUCAUGGAAAUUAAGGAUGUUGUGGGGGAAGAGCAAGAGGUUAAAGACGAUCAUUUGCACAGGAUGCCAUAUCUGAAAGCAGUGAUUUUGGAAGGACUAAGGCGCCACCCUCCAGGGCACUUCGUGCUGCCACAUGCUGUGACCCAAGAUACUGUUCUUGAUGGGUUUGUGGUUCCCAAAAACGGUACUAUAAAUUUCAUGGUUGCAGAGAUGGGUCGGGAUCCUAAUGUCUGGGAAGAUCCUAUGGCAUUCAAUCCUGAAAGGUUUCUGAAUACUGAGGGAGGGGAAGCAUUUGAUGUAACUGGAAGUAGGGAGAUAAAGAUGAUGCCUUUUGGGGUAGGGAGAAGGAUUUGUCCUGGAUAUGGUUUGGCAAUGCUUCAUUUGGAAUAUUUUGUGGCAAACUUGGUUUGGAAUUUCAAGUGGAUGGCUGCUGAUGGGGAUGAAGUCGAUUUGUCAGAGAAGCAAGAGUUCACUGUGGUGAUGAAAAAUCCACUAAAAGCCCAAAUAUCUCCGAGGUUGAAACCUCAGAAUUUCUGAGGAGGUUCAUUUUUAAUAAUUUAUCAAUAUCUAGACUCGUAUUAGGAAAAGAAGUACAUUUUCUUGGCUGUAUCAUGUGUCUGGAUGUAUUAUUAAUAAAGAGUAGUUUAGCUUGGAA